AUGAUGAUCGACUAUAUCCUGAGGCCCAGGCCCGAGAAAUGGGACCAAGCCAAGGCCGCCGCCCUCGCCGACAAAGACAACUGGCGCAAGUGGGACGCUCUUUUCCAACAGUUGGAAGCUGCCUGGACAGCCGCCGCGUCCAAAGACGCGGCCGCCGCCGCGCACGAGGCCACAAAGGCCGCGUUCUCGGUGUUCCUCCUGAGGUUCCCCUAUCUGGCGGCACACUGGCGGCAGUACCUGCUUUUGCUGUACCGCAUGGGCGGCGUGGACGCGUCCGUGGCCUGCUUGAAGCAGGCCGUAGCCGCGCACCCGCGGAGCGUGCUGCUCUGGGUCGAGUACUUGGCCGCGUUGCAGAGCGUGCAAGGCGGCCGCCCAGACGGCGCCCCGGCCCGCCCGGACUCGAGCGACGCGGUGCGCGCCGAGUUUGCGCGUGCCGCGGCCGCCGUGGGCAUGGAUUUCAACGCGGACCCGUUCUGGGACAAGUACAUCGCUUUCGAGGCCGCGGCCGGCGUGCCCGCGCCGUCCCCGCGGCUCCUCGAGGUGUAUCUCCGCGUCCUCCGCGUCCCGCUCUACCAGUACGCGCAGUACUACAGCCAGUUCGGCGAAAUCAGCCGGAACUAUGCGGCGGCCGACAUCCUCGGCGAGGCCGACCGCGCCCGGUACCUCGAGGCGUUUGGCAAGACGCUGCUCGAGGAGCUCUCCGUGGUGGAGCAGCGCCAGCUCGUCGACACGUACUGCCACGACAUCUUCACGCAGACACAGGCGCACGUGGCGCGCAAGUGGCCCUAUGAGGCCGCGUUGGCGCAGGCCCUGGCGCUGGCAGAGGCGCUGGCGCCGGCCCUGGGCCUGGCGGAGGCCGUGGCGCCCGCCCGCGACUGGGCCGCGUACCUCGCCGCGGAAUCCGCGGUCCUCGAGGCCAUGCCCGCCGGCUCGCAGAGACAGCUCCAGUACGCGCUGGUGGUCAGCGUGUAUGAGCGGGCGCUCGUGGCCCACUGCGCCGACGGCGGGCUCUGGGCGCGGUACGCGGACUUUGUCGCGGAGCACGCGCCGUCGCCGCAGCAGUCGUUCCAGGCCCGCGACGACAUCUACAGGCGGGCCAUCCACCGGUUCGUGCCGGUGGCCGAGCCGGCGCUCCGCGAGCGCUACACGCGCAUGCUUGCCGCGGAGCAGGGCUUCGGCGCGGCCGCCGCGUUCUUGGGCGACGCCCUCCGCACGUACGCGGGCGUUGCCGGCGCCCGGCUCUACGGCAAGGACGCCUACGUGCACACUCUUGCGCAGACGCUCCUGCUCUGGGCCGCGCACGUGCCGCCCGCCGACGUCGUGCGGGCGCUCGAGGGGCUUGUGGGCGCAUACUUCUCGGGCGCGGCCAGGCACAAGCGAGACGCGGUGACAAAGGCCGCCCGGGACGACGGCACGCUUGCAAGGGCGGCCAAGACAGAACAACCCGCCAGGACAGGGUCCACGCCCGCAAACUCCGCCAGGACAGAGACUUCCCCCGCACAGCCCGCCAGGACAGAGACUUCCCCCGCACAGCCCGCCAGGACAGAGACUUCCCCCGCAAACUCCUCCAAAUCAGAGCAGUUGAGCCCCUCGCACAUCAGCGCCGUGUCCAGGUGCCUCAACGACGACGGCGUGUGCGUCGUCGCAGUGCACUUGUUGCGGCUCCUCCGCGACGAACCCGCCGCCACCGAGCGCAUCCGCAGCUUCUACAACAAGCACCACGCGGAACACGCGUUCUCCCGGUCCGUGCAGUUCUGGCGCUUCUUCGUCGACUUCGAGGGCGCGGGCCACAGGAACUUGGCCAACUUGCGCAGCGUGGUGCGCUUCGUCUCCUCCGCCACGGCGUUGCCAAAGACCGCCGUCGAUGCCUUGCUCGACAUCUACUACGAGCUCACGGGCGCAAACUUGGCCCAGGCCGUCUCUCUCCUGGGCAAGGAGAACUACUUGGACAUCCUCCUCAACAUCCGCAUGGACAAGUCCGACGACUUGCAUGUGAACCGGCCCGCGCAAAGGAGGCUCGCCAUGAACAACUACCUCCUCCCGGACCCCAAGCCUGCCCACGCGCACGCGCCGGCGGACGCGCUCAUGAAACUAAGGGCCAGGCACGCGGGCCACCCGGGCGUGUUUGUGGACGCCAGGCCCGGAAUGACGCAUCGUAUCAUGGACGGGCCGUGGGUGUCGCUCCUAGACGACAAGUUGGAGCCCCCCGUCUUCCCGACGCUCCGAAACGUUGACAAGGCCAACGCGCCCAUCAACUACCCCGAGGAGUAG